UCUGUUGUUGUUUCUACGUCUGCUCAGCGGACAUAUUCAUGUUUUGACCCAUAUUUCUGUAAUUUAUUGCAUGGUUUCAUCCAUUUUGAACUUGCGAAAACGACUUUAUCUCUAUCUGCUUGCUGGCUACCCGUAUGAUUGCUCUAUUCAAGCUACCUAGCUAGCCAUUAGCUCAAUGAAACAUGCCCCUCAAUCAUUGUUUAUAAUCUAUUGUUCUCUACAAAACAACAACAUUCUCCACCAUUCAAGCUCAAAUAUUAAAUAUUCACAGUAGUGGCUAAACAACGUGUGACUUGCGUGACAUUUUAUUCCAGUUAGCUGCAUAUAUUUAAUGUACUCUUGUGUUUCUACCACAGAUCUCUCCAUGGCUUCAACCUGUAUCCAGCUGUGUCAGAGAGGUACAUAUUUACUGUCAAGGACUGUGGGUAUGAUCACCCUCCAGUAUUCCACCGAUGCCCAGCAUUGCCCUGCAGCCCUCCGGAAUUAUUUCAGUGUUCCAGUCUUGCCCUCCAUGCUCCAGAGAAGACAGAACCCAUCUCAGACGCAACAGAGGUGGAAACUAGGAGUGCGGAGUUACUAUGAAUCUCAUGCCAAGAUCCAACCAUCUCAAACGAAACACAAGGAUACUGAUGAGUUCCCUAGGACUAAUAUGGUGCCGUAUCAGAAUUCUCUCUCCCAUCAACUCAGAGAUGGAGGUAUGUCGCUGAAGGAGUGGCAGACAGCUUUAGGUACUAAUGCUACCCCUGUACACACACACACACACUGUGGUAAUUUCUCCCUAAUGUUUUUGCCCUCUCCAGAUUUGGAAGAUGCCCCAGGCCACUCUGCAUUAGAAGAGAUCAGUGAUGAGGAGGCGGUUCGUAUGGACAUCCCAGCUGCCCUGCCUGCUGUAUCCAUCUCCCUCAAAGACUAUGUCAACGAGUCAGAGACACUCAGCAAGCUUGUACAGCUAGGUGUUCGGCUAUGGAAACUGGAGCAGAGACCCAAAAUGGGCUCCAUGCUGCUGAGGCUGGACGUCCAGACAGACGUGGCCCCCCGGCUGGUGUUCCUGAAGCAGCUGGGAGUGGAGGACUCUCUGCUGGGCUACCCGAUCAGCCACAACCCUUUCAACCUCACAGAGAGCCUGGAGAACCUGCAGGCCAGAUACAGAGGCAGAUAUUGUGGUUGUCGUAUUGGCAGGUUGAGUUUGCCACAGUCAGCAACACAUAGGGUUGACUAUCUUAGGGACAGAGAGUACACUUGGUGUUUCCAUCUGAUAUACCUAUAGCUGUAGACAAGUGUUGUAUCGCCUGUCUGUCAGCUUCAGCUCUUAUAGGACUAUGGCAGGUGAUACAUUUCAUUGAUACAUUAUUUAGAAAUUAUCUGUAGUAUAAAA